GUUGGAAACGAAACAAGCAUUAUUAGCUUGAUCCUGUUUAUUUUUUUAAAGAAAGGAGUUUUGAAAGUCUUUCUGAAAGGGAUGGAUUUUGAAACCACUAGAUAGGAGAUAAUGCCUACGCUUAAGAUAUUCAAGACAUCAUCGUACGAAAAGCGUUCCAACAUUUACUAUCAUUUAUUGGCCAAAGAGUAUUGUUCUAAAUAUAGUCAUCGGCGUAUUCAUCAUGUUUUAGGAACUCUCAUAACUAAAGUAAGUAAGCGGCGGUUAAAGCAGAACACCUCAGAACGAGAAGUGAAGUAAAGUUUAGUAAAGUACUAAACUUAAAGUUUAUAUUUUAAUUUUAAAACUUUUUAGCUAAACUGGUAGUUUUAACGUAUAUGAAUAUAGUAUAAUAUAGUAAUAGUUUAACUAACCGGUAACUUUAACUCAGUGUAAUUAUAACAUUAAAAGUCCAAUACUAAUAUUAAUAUUAAUAAGUUACAUUUACAGAAUUAAUUAUUAAAAUUAAUCAGAAUAAUUAUAAUCACUUCAAUAAUUCAAAGUAUUUUAUUCAAUUAAUAAUUAAUACAUUUACAUAUAGUCUAAGUCUAGUUAGUCUAAGUUAGUUAUAAUUAUUAAUAGUUACAUACUAGUUAACUAGUGACUAAUGAAGGUUGGUUAUUAAUAAUUAGUGUACUCACUGUAAUAAUUAGUGUAACCAAGGCCUCAGAGAGGAUUAUCUGCUGGAACUUGGAACAAGACUAAAAAUGGGCCCCCUCACAUACCAGUACACAUUGACAUAGAUGAUUAACAUAAAUUCAUUAAUGUCAAAAUUUAUUGAAAUUACAUUCAAACAUAGGCCUUAGCAGGACUUAGCCUAUUAUUUUAUUAUAAGUAAGCAUAAAAAGCCUUGGCCUUGGCCUUGGGGCCAUCCAUAAAUGAUGUCACCCCUUCCAGGGGGUGGUCACAUUUUUGUGACGAUGACUGCGUGUUCAAGCAAUGUGAUGUCACAUUAAAAACAAAACAUGAUUGAAAAAAAAUUCACUUAAUAACAUUAAAUUACAGCCAUUUUUAACUUAAUUUUUUUAUCCAACAAUUAAUAUUGUUUUAUUUUUAAACUAUAAUCCCUGAGAGAUUCAGUACAGGUAUUAGAGACCCGAGAAAUGGCCUCUGAUCAAGUUCAGGGGACCACGAAGGAGGAGAAUCGGGCUGUAGUGACAUGUUACGACAUGUACAGUCGUGAGAAUUAAUGUCGAAAUGUGGAGACGGGAGUCAUAAAAUUUAGACUAACACGUAAAGUGGGAUGGAACUAAAAAUAGUUGAUGGGGGAUGAUCUUUGUAAAUCUUCUAGUGCACGGACUCUUAACUAUUUCCAACUGCUGUAUCCCCUCUCAAUUUCAAAAUAUAUUCAGCAACCCCCGUAAAUAAUAAUGUAAUUAAAAAAAUUCAAUGAUAAAAAUUAAAAAAUUUAGUUAUUGUCAUUUUAUUUUUUUAAUUAACUUUUUAGAAACAAUAAAAAUAUUACUAAUACUAUACUAAUACAAGUAAUGCACAAUCACAAUUCACCAGAAAAAGAAUGACUGCUGCUAAUCAAAAUACAUAAAAACGUUUUUUUUUUUAAAGGAGCAACAACUAGCAAUGGCAGUGUUACGUACCGUUGUAAAAUUAGAGAAUUUAAUCUCUUAUUUAAUUAAAUGGCUCGUUGACGAAGUACACAACAAAAUACCAUACCAUAAACUAAAUACAAUAACAAAGAAAUGAUACCUAAACUAGGGUUAUUUAUAAUUAAUAAAAUUAAAGCUAUUGACUUACAGUAAAAUGAUUGGUUUGUACCAGUACAAUGUUGGCACCUCAAGGGGUGCUUUGACCCUGGUUAAGAGCCACUGUUGUAGGUAAAAGUUUCUGACACAAGUGCAGCAAUUCAAAAUCCAUAUUUGAGGAGGUGGGGUUCUAACUAUUUGUGAGGAUGGACGGAGCCCAAAAUCUGCAAAAUUUGCGUGAUGUCAUUUAUGGAUGACCCCCCCCACACAAGUUGUCACAAGAGAGUCAUCAAUUUCAUAUUGUUUAUACAAAACUUCUUCUUCCUAGUCCUAGUCCUUCAGCAUGUAGCCUCUUUAUUUUGCUUUACUCCAAGUUCCAGAGAGUUUCACUUAUGCACAAAUUAGAAGCCACAUGCUUAUCUUUACUUUACAACACAUAAUUUUCCAGCUGUUCCAAAGUUCUAAAAUCAAGCUUUUUAAGUUGGACACUUUGACCUCCAGCGUUGCAUUUCUUGACUGAAUAACCUUGUUACAGAUAUCAACUGGAACUAAUACUUUGUACCAUACAAAGCAGACAUUGUCAAACAAAUGAAGGAUGUGACAUAAGACAAAGCCCCAUUAAUCUCUGUUCUUGUUUUGACAGUUAAGUCCAACUCCAAGAGGUAUUCCAGUGCUGAUUUGAUGCCCGGUAGGUGGGCUUCAAAGGGCUUUAUACUUUUCAUCAUGGUCUGACCAUCAUUUGUCAAACAUGUGAAUAGAACAGCCAAUAUACUUCUGGAAGAUUUCUCAUCGCUGUGUACUAGAGCUAAACAAGUUGUAAACAGUUUGUAUAGUUCUAAAGUAUGUUAUGGCUUCAGAAAUGCAUUAUGCUACAUCAUUACAAAUUAAGUGUGUGGCAGCCUCAUGGUGAAAAUAUAGCUGUUUCUCAUUGCUCAAGCAUUCUUGCUUGUGCACCUUUAAAUUUUCCUACCAGGUUGGCUGCAUUGUCAUAUCCCUGAACAUGACAAACUGAAAGUGGAAUUUCAUGUUUUUUUAAUGUUUCUACUAUUACUAUCAUCUGUGCUAUGUCACAUCCUGUUUUAUGGCUUGUCUUGAAAAAUUGUAAAAAUCUUUUACAAAUUUUUACUAUUUGUUCAACAUGGGUUGAAUCUUACGUGGAAUCAACAUUAACAACAGCAAAGUAUUUUGCAGUUUUCCUGCCCUCCAAAAUGUGUUUUUUUACAAGGGAGGAACAUUCAGCAAUUAACUUGUUUUAUGAAUCGGCACUGAGAUAAUGUUCUUGGUGUCUUUCUCCUUUUCCUUUUGACUCUUUAAUUUGCAACAAACAUACUUUUAGAAUUGCAUCCCAAUGACACAACAACUCUGUGACUCCCAGAAAAUUUCCAUUGACUUUUUUGACAACGUGCUGGGAACUGCUAUGGAAAUCAAGCAUAGGAAUCUUACAACAUCAGUUGUUCUGUUCAUAAUGUUGUACCACUUGACAGAUUCUGUUUCAAUUAAUGCCUCCAACAGACUUUCAAUGCCUUUGUCAGAUGACAGGUGUCUUUCUAGUUCUCGCCAAGCCAGAGAGCACUGCCUAUGACUAUUGCUUCUGUAAAGUUCUGGUAUGCAAAUAAAUAAUUUUCGCAACUUUUUAGCUGGUGAUCAUCCUAUUGUUGAUGCAAGUGUAGACUUGGAUGCUGAGCUAAUGCUUCAACAGAUCAAGAUUAAUGCUAUUGUCACAGAAGUCGCUCAACUUUUUAUCCAAACUGAUUGUAGUUAAAUAUAACAUGAACAGGUUGGCACCACAGCAGGGUGCCCCCAGAAAUGGGUGCCACCAAACAAGGAAAGGGGUGACGCAUGAGCUUUUUUCACUGGGUAACACCAACCCUAGUGACCAAGGCUAAGAAUUGCUUGGAUCAUUACUGGCCAAUGCUUUUGAAAGGCAACUCAUAAAGAGUCACAUCCCCGGCUGGACCUCUACUUUGUGUAUCAUUAGUAUGAGACACUGGCUGGACGCCUUCCCACAGACUAAUUUUAUGGCCUCGUGAUAGCCUAGCUCAUAGUGCCCCACGCAACUUGGGGAUUGUAUGUGCCAAUAGGCCGGUGAAGACCCUCUUGUGAUUGUCUGUCUACUUGGUUCCAUGUAGGUGGGGAGGGGGAACAAAGGAGGCACAGGCCCUAGAUCCCAACAUUAGGGGAGAUCCUAAUUGUCAUGACACUCAACAUAAAAUAGUUAAUGCUCAAGGAAUGGACAAAAAUCGCCUUAAAAUUAAUGAAAGAAAUAUCAUAAAUUUGCUUACUUUAUCCAAUGAACAAAUGGUGUUAUCAGUUUUUUCCCAGGCAUACAGGGGAAUUUGAAAAUUAUAAGGGACAUGUGACAAUUUUAGUCUGGACACUUUCUUAAAGUAAACCGCUAUCACUGUUAUUGUUUUGUCAUUUUGUUUUCCACUUUCUUAUAGGGAAGUUUUACAUUUUAUUAUUGUUUCCAUUUCUAAUGGGUAGCUAUAUAAUGUAUUUUAUAAUUGUUUCCCUUUCUUACAGGGAAGCUAUAAAUUUACUAAAGUUUGGGAAAAACAUUCCAAAAAGCACAUAGCAUGUGAUGGGUGAGUACCUUGUAGAAACCUUUAUUAUAUGUAGCAAACUUGACUAAAUCAACUUGCUUUCUAGAGUAAAACUGCAUAUAUAGACACAACUUGCACUCUGUACAUCUUUUCUUCAUCUCUCACCCUGCAUAAUAACUACAGAUCCAUUACAACAAACAUCAUUUCUCAUACCCAAAAACAUCAUCAGUUAAAUUCACUUAGCAACAGUUACAGAGCAAAUCUUUGAACCAAAUACCUCACUAAAUAAUCAAAUAUUACAAAACACAAAUCAAAACAAACACUCAAGCAGCAAAUCAUUAACAUGCAAUUCAUACAUCAUUGGUUUGAAAAUAAAUGCAUUUGCUAGGAAUGUUUAAAGGAUGUAUGCUAUACAAGUCAUAAUUUUUUAUUGGGAUAUUUACUAGUAUUUACAGAUUCAAUAAAAAAAAUAAUGUAGAUAUUGAAAGUUUUCUCUAAGGUAGGACAAAUAUCAACAAUGGGAAAGCAACUGCUAAUAACAGUAUUAAAAAAUCACAGCCAAUUCCAUAUUAACUCCAUGUACAAGUUUUUAUUUUUUCUUCACCAGAAGAUUUGCAUUCUUUGACAAUUAUGAAAAGUGUAUAGAUUGGUAAGAAUGAAGCCCACCUAAUUUUUUAAUACUUAUGAUUUCAGUAGUUCUUGACAAUGAUUGUAUAUUAAAUAACUCAAUACUUUUAAUUUGGAACCUCUCUAAUAAAUUUGAUUUAAAAUUUACCAUGCAGUAUCAUUCAUUGUAAUUGUUUUAAAGUGAAAAAGACAUACUACUGUUACAAUGAAAUUUGUUUCCAUUAUGAUUUCCAAUUAGAAUAAAAUAGAUCCAUUCAAUCUUCUUAUGCGCGUGAAAGUAAUUGACACUUUAUUUCUUAUUUGCAAGAAAUUAAAGCAUUUAAAUUAUCAUUAAUUUUUAUAAAAUCCACAUCUUGUUGUAUGCAACCAAAGUUACAAGAAUAUAUUUCCUCAUGGAUUUUAAAAUGAAACACUAAAAUAAUGUUAUCAAUUUCUUUAAAAACCAAGUUUUUAUUUGAAUGCAUUCUUUUCCAGUGCAAAUCAUCACAAUAAGGCAGUGGUAAAAUUUAAUCUUCCCAAGAAAUCCUGUUGUAAAAUUGAAGAUGCCAUUCUUAUGGAAGGUACCCCCGUAAGUAGAAUUAAAAGUCUUCAAAUAACCAUACAAUUUCACAAGAUUGUUUGGAAAACCAUAAUGUUAUAUUUUAAUCAUCUUUUGUUGAUUAUUUCGUUUUUGAGUUUUCUUAUAUUUACUUAUUCAGUUAUGUUUGUGAUGUACAGUAAAGAAAAUUUUACUAUGUUUGCAUUCUUAUUUUGAUAUAAAAACUGUUCAAUAAUGUCAAUAAUUUCUUUACCAGGAAACAGUGAGUCUGCCACACAAAGGAUACAGAGGCUGUCUAUUAGCACUGAAUAACAAAAACCUAUUAAUUCGAAUUGACAUUGAAAGUGGUCAUAUUUUGGAGGAAGUUUAUGUUGGAUCCACUCAUUUAAAAUUUCGGUUUGUCCUAGAAUCUUGAAAAAAAUGAAAUGUAAACAUCUUAUGCUUUUAAUACCUAGACUAAACCAUUAUGUUAUAAUCUAUUUUUAUUAAUACCACUACUUGAUUUUUGUGGAAAUGUGCUUUAUGUUCAUUUCAGGAAAAUUCUCUGGAAUGUUUUUGAUGAAAGCUUCCUUUUGUGUUCCAACAAGUUGCUGCCAUCUGAACGUCAGGUCAGUCAUUAUUUUCACAAUUGACAUAAUAUAAGGAAAGAAAUUAUCAAUUUUUAAAGACUUUUCUCCAAAAGAAAUUAUGUUACUUUCUAUUAUAAUAUAGCGUUUUUUUUCAUUGAAUUUCACUUAUCAUUUAAUGACAAAGUGCUUAAUGUGUCUACAGUCGAGUCAUUCUCAGCCCUUCAUGCAAUUGGUGGUAAUGUCCUGUAUGCCCCUGGAUUUUAUAUGCAAAUUUCCUCUCACCAAACAAGUAUGUUUAUAUCUGCUUUCAAAAGUUUCUUAAGAAAUCAUGGACAUUUGGAAUAGUCUUAUAUUAAAUACAUCUCUAGAAAUAUAAACUUCAAUUUUAAUCAGGAAUAUUUAAGUAGUUGCAGUAAUGGUUCACUGAUUUAAAUGACAUAUUUAUAGGCUAAAUUAAAUAUAUUUCUAGAAAUAUAUACUUAACUAUCAAGCCGGGGAAAUGAGAAAUAGCAGUAAUGGUUAUUAGAUCAAAAUGAUAUUUGUACCGGUACACAUUAAAUAUGACCAUUUGAUUGCAUCAUGUUAAUCUUGACAGAUUUUUGGCAAAGAUGCUUGCGGUGCCUCAAUUUCUCUCAAUAUAUUGUUUGUGAUGCAUUCAUCAAAUCAUGUACGAAUGUAUAGCUUAGAAAGAAUUAUGUCAGAGGUGAGCCUUAAGUGAAAGUGGAUUUUAUUGGAAAGUUUAGUGUUUGAAAAUGACAUCAUUGAUGAUUUCAGAAGACUCAAAGCAAGAUUUUUAAAAGUUAUUGACUGUAAAUUGUAAAGAAAAAAUGGAGAAUCCUCAUUUUUCAAAAUGACUAAAUUUGUUACAUCUUCUUUACUUGUUUAGGAAAGAUUGGAGGUAUCACACUGUUGAAUGGUGUUGUCAAGUUUUACUUGAUCUAGUCAAUUUAAUUGUUAUAUUUAUCAAGAAUAUGCAUCUUCAAAACUUUGACAGUCACUUUGUCCUUUUUAUUAUAUUUUCUGUUUUGUGUUGCCGUGAUUAUAAACUAUUGUUGUCUAAGUUCAGAGCCUAACACACAGUCAUAAAUUGUAUGAUGUACUGCCAGGAGGUGAACAGUAUGGUGUCUAUCCUUCAUGUCUAACUCAAAAUAUCACACUCACAGGUGAAGUUUGGCUUUGUUUACAGUAACCUUCAUGCCAUGCACAAAUAUUCUAAACAAAAUUAAUGAUAUUUUACAGAAUCAAUUUAUCCUUUACGUUUUAACAGAUUUACCAAGGCAGAAACGCUUAUUUACCAAACUUAAAACGCUUAUACCAUCGUAGCAUUAUUUUAUGAUUUUUCUCUUGGUCAGCUCCGCCACCUUGUUUGUUUGAAGUACAAUGUCACAAUCAUGAUGUUAUGUUGACAAUGCCACCCAUUCAUUAUAUUAUGUCUCCAUAUGGGUCUCGAUAUCAACGAGGCUACUAUGUCUUUUCAUUUGAAAAUCGUCAGAUGGUUAGUGAAUACUUUUAAAAAAAAUUAUUUUCUUUUCUCCCUCUAUCUUAUUAUUCUUAUUUGAUUUAUUUCUUUUGUCUUACCAAGAUUGAGACUUUGACUUUUAAAAUUUUUGAAAAGCAGAAUUAAAAUAUAUCCCAUUAAAAAAAUGUAUGCAGCCUGGAUGCAACCUGACUGUUGCCCUGGGCAGCCUUAGUUGCCUAUAAUUCUCUGAGUUUCUUUGAAAGACUUGCUCACAUAAUAUCUCACCAUUGAUUGCCAUAAACUUGUUGAUGGAGCUUUAAAAAGCCAUGUGCUUAAGUCAAAGUCCACUUGGGCAACUCAACACUAUCACACUUGAAAUAAUUAUAGCUCAAACAUUACUAUAGCUCAUCAUUUUAUAUUCAUUAUUUUAUUUAAAGUUAGCUCUAUACAGUUUUACUUUGUAAAAUUUCUAUUUCAAAUCUAGUAGAGUAGAGUCUAAUCAGAGAAUUUAAAACAUAGGUUUGAUUUUUUAAAUUUUUUUGUUUACUUUUUAGAAUAUUUUAGAUGAUUUUAUGCAAUUUUUUAACAUCAAAGGUUCAGCUAUAGUUAAAGUUAAACAAAUAAUAAGUCCCAUAUAAAUAACAAAGUUUUAAUUUAAUUUUUUUUAAAGUUAGGUUGCAAUUUCUAGUCAGAUAUCUAAACAUAUUAGAGCUGAUUUGAUCUAAUUCUUGCAAUCUUAUUAUAUAUAAUUCUUAGACUCAUACUUACAAUCUUAUUAUAUUCAAUUCUUAUAAGAUUAAAUUAUUAUGAUCUAUUAGGAUCUAAUUCUUGCAAUCUUAUUGGAUCCAAUUCUUGUGAUCUUAGAUCUAAUUUUUAUGAUCUUACUUAAAAGAUAUCAUUUUUACAAUCCUAUUAUAUCUAACUAUUAUGAUCUUUUUGGAUCUAAUUCUUAUGAUCUCAUAAGAUAAUUGUUACAAUCCUGCAAGAUCUAAUGCUUAUGCUCUAUUUGGUUCUAAUUAUUAUGUUCUUAUUCUUAUUAGAUCUAAUUCUUAUGACCUUAUGGUAUCUAAUACUUACAAUAUUAUAAGAUCUACUUAUUAUGAUCAUUUUAGAUCUAAUUCUUACAAUUAAUUGGAUCUUAUUCUAAGUGAUUCUUACUAUCUGAUUGCAUAUAAUCUUUACUUAAUUGAUCUAAUUAUUACAAUCAGAUAUGAUUCUUCUAUUUAAUAUGAGAUAUAAAAUAAUUCCUAGGCUUAUUUUAUGUAAUUAAUAAUAUUUGACCCAACAAAAGAGCUUAAGAAAUAAUUAUAUCAUAAGCUUUUUCUGUUUUUCAAAAUUUUAAAAUAACAGAUUAUAUCAAUGUCAACAUUUGCCAUUCAAUGUAUAGUUUUAUUAUAUUUAAUUAAGGUAAAAGGUGGAUUUCUUGAACCUGAAACAGAUGAGAUCGAUGACAGGGUCUGUUUACACGCUGAUGACUCAGGGAGGAUAAUCCACAUGAAGAAUAAAGAACUGAAGUAUGAAACUUAAUCUUAGCAUCUGUUAUUUUAAGAAAUUCUAUCCAGGAGACCUAACAUAUAAAUAGGUGACUACAAAGUACUCCCUAGUUUUGCACUAAUUUAUCAAGGCAAAGGUGGUACUGUCAACAUUAUCAUUAUGGCUACCAAGAGUUAGAGGGGUUCAAAUUAGUCAGGGAUCCUUAAAAGCAAUGGAUAAAUAGUAGGUUGGCAUUGACACAUGUAAGGCAACUAUUCUUGGGGAGAAGGUAAAUCCUGACAGAUAAAAAUCUGGAUGUUGAAUUGGGAAAUAAUGUGUGUUGUUCGGGAGUCGACCAUGACCACUUUAAUCAUCAGAGUUGGUGCUGGUUCUGUCUGUGGGUGCGCAUAUGGCUAAUGAGGCUGAUUCGGGCACGAAAUUCUCUUGUGCAGUAGGUGCAGGGGAAUGUUGGCGCAUCUCCGGGAGCAGAGUCAGACCGGGCCUUCCUGGCAUGUCUCUUUUGCUCUGCAGCCGCUGUUCUGCCAACUUCAUGUUGCAUGGAACUCCUGUGCAAAGUUGAAUGCCAUGAAGUUUGAUCCUUUGCUUGUUCCUCCCACGUGUCUGGGUUUAUGUUGAACGCUUUCAAUGAGGCUUUUAGGUUGUCUUUAAAGCGUUUUUUCUGUCCGCCAACAGACCGCUUUCCUUGUUCAAGCUCACCAUAUAAAAUUCUUUUGGGAAGACGGUCAUCUGACAUUCUCACAACAUGUCCCGCCCAGCAAGGCUGGGACUUCAUUAAGAUGGUGAAGAUGCUGAGGAGACCUGCAGUGUAUGGGACCCUGUCCUGCCAUUUAAUAUUGAGGAUUUUUCUGGGUCUUGUUGUAUGAAAGUUGUUCAGCAUUCUUGUUGAAUUGGGAAAUAAUAGCUUGCUCUAGUCAGAAGUAAUGGAUCAUCCUGGUGCAUAACAUAGUACAACUCAACAUGGUACAUCCAUCUUAAACCAAAAUACAAACAGGAAAAAUAUAAUAUUAUAGAAAAUAUCCUCCGAUGUAACAUCAGGUACAGCAUUUCUAGGAAUUUAUCAACAUUAAAAGAAAUGAAAAUUUCAUGAGUCCAAUAAUCACAAGGAACAUGGUAGUUUUCUUUAAAGAAAUGAAGGACUGUGUUCAAGCUGUGGGAAGGAAAUUGCUGAAAAUUUAUCUUUAAACUUGAAAUGAAAGAACAUGACUAUUUUCCCAUUCUCAUUUAUUGUCCUGUUCUAUCACUUCCAGCCUCAGUAACCUUAGCUUUGUUUCAAACAUUUCUUUAAAAAAAUAAGUACUUUCAAAAACAAAUAAUCAUUCAAACAUGUUUUAUUUUAAUUUUAGGAUUUUAAAAUUACUUAAAAAGAAUGAAAGCGACAAUGAAACAGAACUUGUGGAGGACUUUAUUAUUAGCUGUGGCAAAGAUGCAAAGGUAGAUCCAUAUUGCCAGCUCAUCUUUAAAUAGCUAAUUCCAUUUUCACAUUUGCUGCCUAAUACAUUUUCUCUUACUAUUCCUUAAUAAUGUUGGCCAAAAUGGCUUCUCAGGCUAUACGGUCAUUGUGCCAACACUGUCUGACUGACAAGUCAUUGACUGCUUACUGUGCCAACACUGUCUGACUGACAAGUCAUUCACUGCUCUGCUUAUUGUGUCAGCACUGUGUGACUGACAAGUCAUUCACAUGUCAUUGUUAACAAUGGAUAACAGCAAUCUUGACAUGUUCCAUGUGCAUUUUGUUGCCUACAGAGAAUAUUUUUGAUAAUUGUAUGGAUUGGAUAAUAUUUAAACUAACAACUCAAUAAUGGUUUUCAACAGACAAGUAUCAAGUUUAGUGGGGGGGGGGCUGGAUAUCAAUAUAUAUAAGGUGAUGAGGUGGGGCAUGGGUAAUAAAAAGUUUUGGAAACACUGACAUUAAUCUUGUCUGUCCUCUCACUUUCAACAUUUGAUCAGCCCGUUAAAUUGAAAUACAUACAAAUAUGUUGUUAUUAUUGAUUUUUUAAUAUCAUCCUUAGAUUUCUCCGUUCCCUACUGUAACUCAGUCAGGUAGAAUCAUUAGGCCUCGGGUGAGAGAUAGCAGCGUUGAGAUCACAGAGCGGGUCAGUUUUUCAAUUAUUGAGCUAAAUGUGCUUACUUUCAUACUUAGUCAUUUCAGUGAGGUUAAGUGUGUAAGAAAAUCUAGUUUUCUCUCUGGCCAUUUUGUACUAGAGCCUUGCUUUUGGACAAUGUUUGACUAGGUAGUAUAAUCAGAUUUUCAUCGUGGAUUAGUUAACACUUUAUUUUUAGGAAAUUUAUUUUCAAAAUUUAAUAUUUAAAUAUGUAGGUGUCAUUUAUUUUAGACCAAUCAAUCAAUUUAUGAAAUUUUCAGUGUCAUUUUUAGUAAUAGAAAUAAUGAUAAAUAUAGAUGAAGUGUUCCAUUUUUUUUAAAAACUUUAUUUUGAUUAAUAAUAAUUUGAGCACAUGCUUAAUCUUUUCCUUAUGGACAUGUUAUUGUGAUGGUCAGUCUGUGUUGGCCAUGAUGUACAGUGAUGAACUAGAUAUGAUCAUUGUUACAUCCACUCCAAAUCCAAACAGAGAAAUUGGAGACAACCCUAGUUGUACUUUGGUUGGCUUCUAUGACAAUUGGAAUGGAACUUUAUGUCGACAGUUUGAAAUAGAAAAAAAUACUAUAGAGGUAAUAGACUUUAUUCUGCCUAUAAUGAAUGUAAUGUGUCAUAAAGGUAAGUAAUGAACUUGCAAAAUACAAUAUGUAACACACCGGUGUUGCCACUUAUCAUUAACUUUUAACUUUUACUUUAGUUAUUGAAUUUAGAGAUUCUUAUAUAAUUUAAGGUACCUUGUCAUAAAUUAAAGGCUACUUGUACUUGUAUUUUGCUCUUAAUUACUGAAAUACAACAUAGAUUCAUACUACUCAUAGUUUAAAUGAUAUUCAGCUUUCAAUUCAAACAGUUUAAAAUUAUGAAAUUUAACAUUUCUGAAUUAUACAAUUUUACUUUUUUGACAUUAUUUAAAUUACCAAUUAAAAUUGAUAAAUUGUCUUUCCAGACGCUGGAGCGCUCUGUGUGUUACAACCUGGAUACUUUAACACAUGUGUUCAAGACAGUUGAUGGUUUGUUUAAAUGUAAUGUGUUUAAACUCCAAGCAGUUCCAGACGCAGAGGAUCUGCCAAGUGGAAUGAGACGAAGAUGACAAUUUCUGCACACAUUCUCUAUAUUUGUUGAUUUCUGAUAAUAAAAUUUGUAUCAUACUGUGUAUGCUU